GCGGUGGCACCGGCACUCCGCCACUCACUUGAUAUCGGCCGUCGCGCGGCGCGCCCGCUCCGCCGCUCGUCCGCACUCGUACCCGAACACGUGAAUAAUUCUGGACACGACACUCUCGCGCCAGCAAAAUUAUGAAAUGUUGUCAUCCAACUUUAUCCCAGUGGCCUCGUUAACAUUCGAAGCGGGAUUUUCGAAUAAACAACCAAAAAUGAACUUUUGUUGAUGUUAAUGCCUAUGUUUUUCUUGUGACCCCAGUGCGAAGACAGUUUGAGUGAUGUUGAAGUAACAUUGAGAUAAAACGAAACGUGCUCCAUUGUUUUUUUUAUUAGAUAACACAAUACAUGGGUGAGAAAAGUUAAUGCGCUGCUUUGCUGUGCUCAAUAGCAUAGCGGAAGCUUGAUCAAAAUUGAUCACAAUGUCGGACGAGGGCGGCGGCGAGCUUCCCCUCGGUUACUGCGACCCCUGGGGAAGCAGUUUCCAGAAAACAUUCACACAAUUCCACGGCUACAUCGCGCUGGUGAUCUGCCUGCUGGGCUCCGUCGCCAACUCCGUGAACAUCGCCGUGCUGAGCCGCAAGGAGAUGGCCUCGUCCACCAACUCCAUCCUCACCGGCCUCGCCGUCGCGGACCUUCUCGUCAUGAUAGACUACAUUCCCUUCGCAUUUCUUAUAUACGUGAAGGUCGGAACUGAACAAAGCAGGAACUCCUACGCCGCCGCAGUGUUCGUGUAUUUCCACUCUAUCUUCAGUCAGACAUUCCAUACCGUCUCAAUCUGGCUGACUAUCACACUCGCGAUAUGGAGAUAUAUCGCGAUCAAAUUCCCACAAAUGAACAGGACGUUUUGUAAUAAAAGAAACACGAAUAUAGCUAUUACAUUAGCGUAUGUUGUGAGUCCAGUAUUGUGUCUUCCUAUAUACUUUGCUAUGAAUAUCGAACCAGUUCCGGGCAAAGGUAGUGUAAAUGCUACGAUGAAUACCACGAGUGACACGAACGCGACCUCCGGCCAGGUCGAGCCCGCUUCGAAGUUCGCCAUCAGCAUGACCACUAACGGCGACCUCUUAACUGCGAUAUUUUGGAUAUACAGUGUAUUUAUAAAACUUAUACCGUGUAUAGUACUAUCCAUUUUAAGUGUUUGUUUGAUUGUGAAAAUGAAAUCGAGUGAUAGAAGAAGACAAAAACUUUUGAAAAAAUCUGCUAUUACUACGAAUGAGGGUGAGAAGGCCCGCCUGAACGAGGACGGGGGCAAGCGCGGCGGGGGGAGAACCGACCGCACCACCCGCAUGCUGCUGGCCCUGCUUGGCUUGUUCCUGGCCACCGAGCUGCCGCAAGCUCUCUUCGGCCUCCUGACGGCGACUGCGCCGCAGUUGUUUCAAGUCUGCUACUAUACCUUCGGUGAGGUGAUGGACCUGAUGGCGCUGGUGGGGUCGGCCAUCAACUUCGUGCUGUACUGCAGCAUGAGCCGGCAGUUCCGCAGCACCUUCGGGCGACUCGCGCGCAAGCUGCUGCCCGUGCCCCCGCAGCCCGACGCCGCCCCGCUCACCGCGCGCAAGGCGUAGCAUUCGCGCACCGCGACCACCUCGGUCGCGCAUCUAUGAUCCAACCUUUAGGAAUACACAUAUCCCGGAACCACGCGGGUACCAAACUACACGACUAGUGUGCUCUUGUGAUUGGAUUGAAUCGAUGGACCUUAGGGAAUAAAUUCUAGUUAGUGGUUCUUUUUGCACAUUAUUUUGUGCGAUCAGAAAGUGCGAUUGGCAGAUGACUGUUGUAUUUUGAGGUUAGGAUGUGUAUGUCGUUUUCAGAGGACCAGUAAAAUGUAGAACCAAGUUACCAACACAUCUUUGUGUAUUUUAUCAAACUUAAGUAAGAUAUUGUUAACCUUGUCAACGAACUAUCUUCAUUAAGUCCAAAUUGAUGUAUGGAAAUGCAAAAGUGUGGUUCAUGUUUCUUAAAUAAGUAUUAGGUAGUGUUUUUUUUACAAAGGCGGUAAAAAUUACGAAAAUACAUCAAGUUGCUUCAGUGUUACACCGCGUUGAAAUGAAAUGUGUCUGGUUUAAAAUUAAGUAUAUAUCAUAACAUAAGAACGAGUCAAGGACUUGAACUAAGAAGCACGUAACUCCCACGAUUUACGUUCGUAGGUAUGCAAAUUGCCUAACAUUAUUUAAACUCACACCCUUACUCAAAACAAUUUAAACUUUCAUUCUCAAUUAAUUGUUUUGUUGGUAUUGGCAAAAUUGAAGAUAAAACAAUCUAGUGCACGAUAUCUUAAAAUGUUCUCUUUCAUUUAUGUUAUUUUGAAAGCUUGUGGAAAUCUUAAUGUUUAAUAAUUAACGUAUAUGGAAAUAUCAUACGAUAUGGCUCGUCACUUCGCAGAGGAAAAAUAAACAUGACCGGAGGACAUUGUGAGGACUGCGAUAAAUGGAUAUAAGUAGGUACAGGGCAUAUCCUGUAAUGUAACACGAGCAAAGUAUUGGAAACUUUUUUUUCAAAAAUAGGUAAAUUUAAUGUUUUUCCUACUCAGAAUCACGAGCACUUUCUAUCGGAAAAAAGCGACCCAAAUAUUUUUUUUCCACUUCGUUACUAUUUUUCAAACACUUUGUGCUGUACAGUGGAAAGUAAGUAUGUGAAAUAAUAGAAAAUUUUGGGACCAUUUUUUGUGUCUCUCGUUUUUUAUCCUAGAUCGAAAGGGCUCGUGUUUCUGAGUAGGAAAAACAUAAAAUUUACCUACCUUAAAAAAAUCUGGUGAUUCUUCUCACGAAAAUGCCCAACUAUAAGGUUGCACUCCUCAAACUGACCAACAUUUGUCAUAGUCGUCAUAUACCUGUAAAAUAUAGCUUGGUGUUUGGAUUGUGCACAUUUUAAUGUUUAACUAUUUUAAGAAGUAAAACAUUUUCAUAUUAUUUGAAGCAGCUCAGCAAAGUUGGUCAGUUUGAGAAGUACAGUUUAAUUCUUUGCUCGUGUCACAGGCCACACCCAUUAUCUAACUUAUUCGUAAUCCUUCAACAAUGCAUCAGUGUGAUAAAAUUCUUACUUAUUCAAUAGUAUCGCAAGUAUCACAAGUGAAGAAGGUGCUUACUAGAAUUUAUAUCAGACGUUGAUUAUAUUGUGAAGCAGUGUACUUAAAAUAUAUAAGUAUAAUUUUAAAUGUGCCGAUUAGGUAUAUUUGAAUUCAAAAAAUGCAGGGAUCAUAAUGUUAUAUAUGUACUGUUGAUAGUGUGCGACCAAGCACAGUCAAUAAUAGAAUUUUAUCUAGGUACAUCUACAUAUAGUUCAAUACUAUUACAAUUCCUUAUACAUGUGACUCUAAACCAAAUGUUUCAACUUGUAGUUGUAAAUGUAGAAAUAAUAUAAGUAUGUAAGUAGGUACAUAUUAUAAUUUGAAAUGAAUGCAGACUGUUUUUAAAAACUAGGCUGUAAGUUUAGUAUGCUGCUAAAUUUCCAAUGUAAAAUGCAAUAUACAUACAUGCUCUUUGCUUAUCCCGGCAUUUGCCACGGCUCACGAGAGCCUGUGGUCCGCUUUGACAACUAAUCCCAAGAUUUGGCGUAGACAUUAGUUUUACGAAAGCGACUGCCAUCUGACCUUCCAACCCGAAAGGUAACUAGGCCUUAUUGGAAGAGGCCUUAUUCCGGUUUCCUCAUGGUGUUUUCCUUCACAGAAAAGCGACUGGCAUGUAAAAUGCAAUAUUGACAUAUUAUAUUGAGAGCUGCCGCCGUUCCUCAUCGCCCAUUGAAAAACGACAUCAUUUGUUAAAGGCAUGAUUAUUCAUUUAUUCAUAAGUUCAUGAGGCAUAACAUACCUACUCGUAUAUUUUAUAUCAAUCAUAAACUUUUGUUGUACUACGAGAACUAAUACCAGACAAAGAUAGGUACGAGUCAGUUACUAAAAAAAAAUAUUUUUCCUGAAAUAUAAUUUAACGAGCGUAAAUAUGAUUGUAUGGCAGCGGUUAAGCCUAUGUUACUAUUUAAUUAGGAUUUUUACUUAACUUGUGGACCUCAUUAUAAUUAUUUUAUAUUCUAAUCGUUAGUGUUAACUAGUCAAACAAUGCCCGUUACUCAUCUAAUGAGAGAAAGUACAUCUAGAAUAAUAUAAAAAAGAAAGGCUGGGGCCCAUUUCUCGAAAUAUAUUAGUCUAAUAAUAUUAGUGUGUUGUCAUGGCAACCCAUACGAUUUGACAGUUCGAAGACUAAUAAGAUUGGUCUAAUAUCGUUUGAGAAACAGGCCCCUGCACGAAAAAUAUAUUCGGUUAUUAUUGACAAAAUUGACAUUGACAUCUGUAGCCUUGAACUAUGAACAACACGCCGUCAAACGUUGUUCUGCCACUUUAGUAAAUUAAGGAAGUACGUGGUCGCUCUUCCCAGGACAGCAGUUUAAUUAUGAUUUCGUAUUAAUGAAAAUAUAGUUGACUUUGAAAAGUAACAAUACGCGUAGGUACCUACAUGAGAACAAAUAUAUCACUAUGUUUCCUUUGUUUAAAUUGUUCUGUGAACUUUUUUUUGCAUUUUUAUUGAAUGAAAUGAAUUGUAAGAAAUAAAGUCUGAGUUUUUUAAUAUUUAAAUGUUUAAAAUGCAUAAUAGUAAGUACUACAUAUCCACAUUCAUGAAUAUUAACAAAUAGUCAUUUAUGCAUGUUUCUUUUGCAGGACUUCCAAAGUGGUUUAAUCAAGUAGGUACUGUAGGUACUAAUACUGAAUUGAACUUGUAUUUUUACUUGUGUAAUAAUUUUUUCGUACUUAUAGAUUAAGACGAUACGAUACAGUUCAAUUCUCCAUACGUACGCUCUCGACUAUUUCCUCCCUGGUUUUUGAAGAUAGA